AUGGCUACGGGCGGCGAGGCUCCGGCGUGCAGCAAGUUCAGCAAGCCCGCCGAAAAGGCCAAGGCCAAGGCCAAAACCCGGGCCAAGGCCAAGGCCAAAGCAAAAUCCAAGUCGAAAGCUUCGGCCAAAAGCAAGCAAGCCCUGGUAGAUGAUGAGGAGUUGGAGGCUGCCCGCUCGGAGGGCAGGGGCUCUGGCACUGGCUCUGAUGGCCCUGAUGAUCCUGAUGUGGGCAAUCCUGCGACUGAUGAGGGCAAGGAGUCCGAGUCUGAGGGCCAUGAUGCCAGUGACAACGGCGAGGCUCUUGAUGACGCGUGCAGCAAGCCCGCCGGAAAGGCCAAGGGCCGGCCCAAGGCCAAGGCCACAGCAAAAUCCAAGUCGAAACCAAAGGCCAAGAGCAAGCGAGCUCAGGCAGCAAAUGGUGCGGAGUCCAGUGCGAACAAGGAGGAUGAGGGCUACCGCGAGGCCAAGGAGGCCAAGGCCAAAGCCAAGAGGAAGGCGAAGGCGACGGCGAAGGCCAAGCCAACUGCGGAUGAGGCAGACUUGGAGGACAUCGACACUGUCGAGAGCAAGGUGAAAGGCGAAGUUGAUGAUGAUGGUGUUAGUGAUGGUCAGUGUUCUGGUGGCGGUGCUGCUUCGGAGUCCGGCGGGAAGGAUUCCGGUCCCGGUUCCGGUUCUGGCUCCGGUUCGGACAGCGGCGGAGGAUCAUCGGAUGUUGAUGUUCCUCUCGCGUACACAGACUCCGAUGAUGAGUUCGUGCAGCAGCAUGACUCUGGCGCCGGUGCCGGCGCCGUCUUUCUCCACGACGGUGACGGAGUUGACAAGAUUGAUGACGAGGAACCAUCCAUGACCACCAUACCGGCAGUCUCGGAGGAAGCCAGGGAUGCAACUUCGAUUUUCCAAUACGCUGACAGGUGUGUUCAUCGCGUAUGGCAGCACUUCGGUUUGGACGGCAUCCAAAACCUGAGGAACAACAUCAGUGGCUGUGCCUUGCUUAGCUUGUAUUCCGGGCUUGGCGGUGCAGAGCUGAGCUGCGCUGCCUGCUGGCAGUCAGUAUGCCGGUUCUUGACGACACAAAGUUGCAAGGACGAGCGAUUGGUCAAUCUACCUCCGCCGUCGCCACCAGUCAAUUUUGGAGCGUGUGAUGUUGAAGCUUCCUGUCAAGCAGUUUUGAAGCAACAUGCGUCCCCACCGCACUUCAUCGUAUCAGAUCUUCGCAAAUUCUUGAAUCCGAGUGUCGUGCAGCAGAUGGAGGCAUUGGUCGAAGCUGCCCGUGAAAAGUUGGAAAGCAUCAAGGAGAAGUUUGCCGACCCCAAGAAAAGCAAGACUGGCGGGAAGCGAAAGAGACAAGAUGAUGACAUGGACGAGGACGACUUGAUUGAGCUUGGACAUGAGAUUGACGCGGACCAGGCCGAGUCCGCGAGCGCUGGUGCCGACGGUGCCGACGAAGGCGUGCCUGCUGCGGCCCAUGAGAGCUCUCUGAGUUACCAGGAGACAGUGGCCGACAUGGGCGACAAGCUCUUGAGGGACAUGUUGUGCUUGAUGGAGACUGAGAGCGCUUGGAACAUGAAGGUGGGGUGUGUCGAAAAGUCGGCAUCAGGCAAGCCUGCGGCGGCCGCAGCUGGGACCGAGAAUGAUGACACGAUGAGUCUCCUGCUCCUGCGUGAGAUGCCCAACCUUUUCAUUUUCGCUGGCUCCGUCUGUAAAGACUGGUCUACAAUGAACAGGCAACGCCAGCCCUUCACGGGGCGAUACAUGGUUCCCUUCGGCAUCAUGUUGGGUCUUGUUCGACUUCUUUCUCCCCGGAUAUUCUUCCAUGAGUGUACGCGGCAAUUCCGACCAAGUCUCCUGGCAAAGAGUUUGCCCGGCUUCCAGCUGAUUCACAAGGUUCUGGAGCCCAUAGAUUUUGGGUGGCCCGGAAGACGCGGACGGAGCUAUUCAGCUUUGUUGCGGACUGCGGAUUGCAUAGUGGUCCGAGAUGUGGAAAGCAUCAGAAAGUUCUUCAGCCCCCUACGUGUGGAUUGCGGUGUUUUCUUCCAGGCUUCCGAGGAAGAGGUGGAUGCUCUUCGCCACCAGCUGGCAGCGGCCCGGCUCAAGGAUCCGAGCGCCACGUUUGAGGAGUUGCUGCCACCACGUCCAUCUGAUGAGUUUGAUGAGGAUGCCAUGGAUUCAGCAAGCUCUGCGAGAGAGGAGCUUCUUUUGGCACAGGGGGUGCCGGUGAACGAGAGCUCUUGGAAGGCGGCGGGUUUCCCAUGUGAGCCGAUCAGUUUCAACAAUGUCACAGCUGCACAGAAGCGGCGCAUGGCAGGGAACACUUUCAACCAG